CUGAUUGAUAUCAGAUAUCUACCAAGUGAUAAAGGUGUUGCUGCUCUUCUCGUUACUUCUAGAGGUUUGCAGAAGCAUUUUGCUUCCCUCCGACACAGCUCGCUCGCCAAAACAGCUUGGAACCGUCUCGCAGUCCGACAUCUCGUGUACCAGUUUGUCGCAUCUGAACAGAAAAAGCAAUGGUCUUACUACCGGCAAUUUAUGUCCAGUGACUGGGCAAUACGCUUAGGCCACAUGGCAUAA